CAUAUUUGCGUGUCAUCCUAGUAGCCUAUGCUCAUACGAUCCCAGGUUCCAACUGUAAUAUAAAUAUUUGAAGCGUUUAUGCGCUGUCAGAUGAAAACAAGUUUACUGCCAACGCAUUAGGACCCUGAGGAGGACACCGACAGCUUUCCACGAAGCAGAACAAUACAAGCUGCAUGUGUUGAGGCUUCCUUGUAACCACUGUAACUAGAGCUGGGGCGAGGGUGCUUGUCUGUACGGGCAUAAUUCAUUAGGAUUUACCUGCUAUCAUCACCAGCAGUGUCAGAGAACGCCGCCGCGAAAGCUGCCAUUUGAACGUGUUGAUAGCCUAUUUCGCAUUAACAGAGAUAUUUAACAAAUAACAAAUAACCUUCAGAAUGGGAGCCUUAAUGUCCGGACACGGGAAACAUGAGUUCCAAGAGCUAUCUGACAAGACUGGGUUCUCCCUGCCGCAGAUCGCCAACCUCCACCAGCGCUUCAAACAGCUGAGUCAGAACGAGGACACACUUCGAAGGGAGGACUUCAACAAAAUUGCAGACCUGGCCUGCAACCCAAUUCGUGCACAGAUCAUUGAAACCUUCUUUGAUAAAAGGAACUACCGGCAGAACACCUCGGGCAAGAUGGAGGAGAUCGGAUUCGAGGAGUUCGUCACCGUCAUGACCCACUUCAAACCGCCAGACCUGCACAUGACGGAUGAGAAGAAGGAGGCUUUGAGGAAGGAGAAACUCCGCUUUCUGUUCAACAUGCACGAUACUGACAACAGUGGCACAAUCGACUUGGAGGAGUACAGACAUGUCGUGGAGGAGCUCCUGUCUCAAGGCGGUAUGAUGGAGAUGGAAACCGCCAAAUCCAUCGCCAACUCCGCCAUGCUGGAUGUAGCCACCAUCACCAUGGGUCAGAUGGCACCCGACGAGUUCUAUGCGGGCAUCACCUUUGAACAUUUUGUACAGAUUCUGAAAGAAUUUGACGUCGAGUUGAGGAUGCACAUUCGCUUUUCAAAUAUGGGCCCCGUUGCAAACUGCUGCAAAUGAAAAAGGGCUGAGCAGCGAUGGCACAUUCAGACUUUCAGACUUUUCUCCAUCUGCCGUUCGCACGUGGACGAGGAGGUGACGACGUCCUGUCGGUGGUGGUACUUUUGACUGUUCAAAUUCGCUAGCCUUAGAGCCUUUCCUGAAUGAUCCUGAACCAGGGUGACCCAAGACCCCUACAUAUGGAGCAUUAUGCAUGUAUAGGCAAUACAAAAUAGCUUUAGCUUCAACCAAAUUCUAGGAACUAAAUUUUGUGUGUUAACAUAUUCAGCUUAACGUAUGUGAAAACUUGCAUGCGGUAGUUUUGCUGAAACCAAACGAGACACAGCUCGUUGAUAAGUUAUGCAAUAAUGUCAGACACACUACUUACUGUAGCAGACCCUCAACCAAAAAAGAAUACAUCUGCGUGCGCAAAGUCCGUUUUGACCUAAUGCAUGUGAAAUAACACUUUGGUGUCCUUACAUAACCUUGCAGAUGUUAGAAGUCAAAUAACAAAUAACAUUCGAUCAUGCGUCCUUACAAGUAGACUGUUGCACUCAUAUGCAAAUAUGACAUGUCAAUCAAGUUAGGAUCAGGGUUGGUGUGCAGAAGUGAGACAAUCGAACACACGCACAACAGACCUCCAUUAAAAAGCAGCCUUCCCAAACUCACCCCCCCACCCCUGAAAACCAAAGCAGUUUCUAUGAUCCAGCAUACAACUGGCUUCACAGAACCGCUGUUUAAAUUUAGACUCCCUCCGGGAAUCUCCAAAUACAAGAGAGACCCGCCCGAAGUGCAGGGGGCCUCCGAUCCGGACCACCGGGGGGUUUACAUGACCGUGUUUCCGGAGUCCCACGGCAGUUAGCUUUAGAACAGCCCCCGACGUGCGGGUCUGCUGUAGGUUUGGAUCAUUUGGGGAGGGCAGUGCCCAUCCCCUUUCCUGUGACACUGUGACUGUUGACCCUUGAUCAAAAUGGAGGAAUUUCUCCACUGCAUUGUGACGCUUAUAAAUACACAUCUGUUGCAGCACAAAGUUUCAGGUAAUCUUUUGAGCUGAAUGUCUGCCUGACUAUCACUAAUCACUGCACUUUCAUCUCUACUCACUCUGCUUCUGUGUGUUCCUCCUCUGCACAUGUAAGGUGUUUCUCUGGGUGUGUGAGGUUUUUCUGUAGAUAUGACUGCUGGGUCUUCUCUUCAGCCAGCUAGUCAGGAUCAGUAAUGGAUCCUUCACAACCCGGACUCUGCAGUCCGUCAGUGCUCCCAGUUUGGGAGCAUUCGCUCCUUAGAACUGAUGUGUGCCAAUUGAGAAAAUCAUUUAGGAGGACAUCUACUAAUUGUGAAGCAUUGGUGUGCUCCUACAUCUUUCAACAUAUGCUCCUUGGAAAAAAUGUGAGCAUAGUCCUGACAAUGUCCUGGUCUGCCCCUAUAUACUGCUGACAUCAUCUUGAUUAUUAGGGCAGCACAGUGGUGCAGUGGAUAGCACUGUUGCCUCACAACAAGAAUCCCAGCCAGGGCCGUUCUGUGUGGAGUCUGCAUGUUCUUCCAGUGCCAGCAUGGGUUCCCGACAGGUACUCCGGGUUCCUCCCACAGUGCAGACAUGCAGGUCAUGUAGGAGCAUUAACAGGGCGUUGCUGUAAAAGAGCAUACAUGCUCAGUCAAUCUGCCCUUUAUAAAUAAGGGUUCAAUUAGAUGAAUACUGCAGAGUUAAAGGUUGUCCUGGCUUGUUCUAAGUUCCACUUCCACUCGGUUUCAGAUUGUGCCCUUCUCAUAGGCACUCUGAACCCCCCCCUGUGAUUUGGGCUGUGCCCAGACGAGGAACAGAGCAUUUUGCGCCCGGUUGUGUGGGAAGCCCUCAGGCGAAACUGUGUGUUUUACUGGCGUGAGUCCCAAUCCAAGGUAACAGGGCGGAUGUUUUUUUCCAUUCAGCAGUUAGCGGGGAGGUGAACGUUAACGUUAACGGCUCGCAGUGACAGCAAGCUCAGCUACGCAGGCAUAGGUCUCACCAUCUUCAACACAGAUCCAUACCCCCAUCUUCUCCCCGUUCGUCUCUUCCCCCUUCUCAUUGUAGCUCUGCUGACCCCUAGUGGCCGAAAGCUUGUCCUGCAACUGCAGUGGUGUUUGUGUCACGCUUCCAAAUUCUUUCUCUCUCUCUCUCUCUCUCUCUCUCCCUGCCCACUCACACACCUGUUUUCCACUGAACCCAAAGAGAAUCUCUCACUGUCGCAUGCCCUUGUGCUUUCAGUUAUUAUUAUGUUAUUCUGUCAUUAUUUUUCAAAUAAAUGAUUGUACAUAACUUGGUGCCUUGUAUACAGGCUUAUGUAGGCCUUUGCACUGAAUGAUUGAUUCAUAUAUUUGUAAUAAAAUAAAAACGUGAAAAACA